CUCUCCAUCCCUUCCUCACUCUUUUGCUCCUACUUCUUCUCUACGCACUCUACACUCUACACUCUCUUCAGAACAUCACAACAUAUUCCAACAAGGCAGAUAUCUCGCCAUCAGCUCCUUCACUUCAAACUUCAAACAACUCCCACUUCAGCAAACAUGCCCGCCUACGAGUACUGUUGCCAAUGCGGUGGCAUGAUUGUCAUCAGCACGACCUGCACUGGAUGCGGCCACAAGCAGUGCUCCCACUGCCCCAUGUGCUAAUUGCUUUACAAAAGCACUCCACCAAUACACUACACGUUAUGAAGACGAAAACGAUUCAGCUUCUUUAUGUCUUGGAGCAGAGCUCCUGUGCGAUACCCUUGAUUAACUAUUUUAUUUCGACGAACGCAUUUUUUGGACUUUCUCUUCUUCGAUUCUACUUCUUCUUCACCACUUUUUUUGCGUCUUCUCCUUGGGUUAUUGGGAAUUCAUGGGCUACGGAAUGGUUGUUCGCGGGAACCUUGUACUAUUAUCAUGGGCGGCAGAUUGACGUUUUCUUAUCUCCAUCUCCACCACCAUGUACACGACUUGUUGGAGAAAAGUUCACACCACCAACGUCAUUUUUCUUUAUCUCUCCCCCGCUGGAAAGCAAAAAUUGAGCAGACAUUCGACGUACGGAAAAAUGCCCGAUGCUCCUUAUAUGUCAGGUUUACUUGAUCGAUUUACUGGGACAGAUUGAAUAGCUUAAGGAGAUUAUUUAAAAAGAAAACAGUCAAAAAAUCAAUACAAAAAAACAUUCAAUUUGA